CCUUGGCAGAGAGACUGUUUAGAGAGUUGUGCUUGGAUUUGUUCCUCAGUGCGAACAAGCCAUCCGAUAAAGGAAGGGAAAAAGGAGAACAUGGCAUUGGCAUCCUGGUUUGGGUGGAAUGAACCUUCCAGUCGUAUCUCUCAAAGGAGCCCAAUGGAAAUGGUGACUGAAACCCUGAUGAUGGAGCUUGACUGGCAGAUCAAAGAAGCUGAGAAACAACAGCGGGAGCGAGAAAAUGAAUAUCGCAAGAUCAAAACAGGAGUUGAUUAUGGCUGGCUGGUUAGCCACCCCAAGCACGGCUAUGAUAUCAGUCCAGGGGAGCGUCUGCAGCUGGAGGAUAUGUGCUCCAAAAUACAUCCAUCCUACUGUGGACCAAUCAUUAUUAGAUUUCGGCAACUUAUUGCUGAAUAUGAACCAGAGCCUGGGGAAACAUCUCGGCUUUUCCGUUCUGUUCUGCAUGAUGCCACUGAGAAGAUCAAAGAGGAAGAGGAGGCCAAGAAACUUGCAAGGCAAUGGAACACCAAGCACAAAACCAGCCUCUCCCUCGCCACGUUCAAAUCCCGCAUCAGGAUUGCCCCGUUCAGCAGUGAUAUCAAGACCAUUUCAGAAGAUGUAGAGAGGGGCAUGGAUCCCACCAGAAGAAUGUGGAGCAUGCCUGAAUUCAGGGAUACCAAGGACUACUGACUUUAUUUGUAACAUUAGUUUUUAGAAACAGACUAUUUUAUUUAUUUGUGGGUCUAUUUGUAGGAGGAUUAUUUUUGUCCUCUUUCUAACUGUCUCUCUGUUGGGGGGAAAUACACAUGAGCUCUUUUUCGGUACCUUUUAAUCCAUGCAUCUGUGCCUGUAGGUUCCUGUUUUCCUUGGGCAAGUACAUAAUCUCAGGCAGAUUAGCUUUACCUGUUACCAACUUGGUCUGCCAUGAGCUUGCAUGAAAAACUACAUAUAUCUCAGCCUGGGUAUUUGAAGUUUGCCUUUUGUCACUUGAAAGAGAGGCCCAGGGAGUAAUAAUGAAGAACAUGCCUGUGUAUUUGUUUUAGCUUUCUUCUGGAUUUCCCUCUCAAUCCUUUUGCUCACGAUCACCCAAAAAUAGGCAUACACUACCCAACCCCCAUCUCACAAAUCUCAACCAUCCACUUUGCACCAUAUGCAGGGAUCCAUAAAUAAAAAGGCAGAAAGAAUAUCUCAUUUAGAACUACCUAGCAUUAAGCUUAAAACAAAAAUAAAUGUUACAAGGGGGCAGUGGUUUCUUCUUUUUUUCUUUUUGCCAAAAUGCCACCAGGCACUGCUGUCAGUGUCAUGAGCUGGAGGGAUGCCAAUAACUCCAAAGAAAGCUGAGCCUUGCAGGCUACUUUUGGCUGCAAAAUUUGAGUGGAGGGAGGCAUAAGCAAAUGGUUGACUGGCAACUGAGAACAAUUUUAAUUUUAACCUGGAAAUUCUUCAUCUUUGGCAACCAGUUGCUACAUGGCCUUAGGUCCUACAGUAUACCUUGGCUUGAUAAUCAGUGACUUCCAUGGACAGACCAUGUUAUCUAUAUCCUUGCAAAAAACAGGGACCUCCAUGUAGACAUUUUAAGGCAAAAUAUUUCUUGCUUUAAAACUGGAAAGAACAAUGGGUCCUACACUUCUGGAGGAAAAAGGAAAUGCUUUGAAGCACCAUUUUCAAGGUGUAUCUCCAAGGCAGUGCUUUCGUUUCCCAUUUCCUGGGUUGAAAUCUUCUAAAAUAUAUGCAGGAAAACAUAUUUCCUUCUUUUUAUUCUUAUUGCACACGUUUUUACACCACUGGCUCCAGAAGAAAUGCAUUUGUUUCUGAACAUCAGUCACUUGGAUAUAUAAUAUUUAUUCGGUUUGUAUUUUUGAUGGACAAAAGUGCUGCCAUGACCAUAAUGGAAUGGAACUCCAAACCUGAGUCAUAAAUCUUACUGGGCUUUUUUUGUGUGUGUGUGUGAUACUUAAAAAACCAUAAACUCACUUUUAAAAGGGUCCUUUGACUUCUUGACAUGGCUUCUUACCUUGUGUGUUCUCCUUGUACCAAAGGCACCACCCCAGCCGACGAGAUUAAGUUUUUUUCAAUGUAUUACAGCCCUAGAGAGAGACUCUGUAAAACAUUUGUGUGGGCUUGACUUUGUCUUACUUAUGCCAUAGUCUUUUGUGCAAAUACUACAAUGUUGCAUUUCAGACAUUUAAAGAAAAUUGCUUUUCUGUUUCUGUUGGGUAACUUGUUGAUACUUGAACAGGUGGUAG